UUCUCCCCGCGAUUAGCCAGUAGACAGUUUCCAUGGUAACUGACACCGCACUCACUUUCCAGCCCUCAGGACAAUCCUGCUGGUCCCAACUUUGGCGAGACGGCACCCAUGGCCCCUUAGCAACGGUCACCGUGGAGGCGGAAGGAGCCGCCCUCUCCGGCGGAUUGGCUGCAUCCAGCGUCUCUCCGGUGUAGAUUGGCUGAAGCGUCGCUAGGGGGCCGGGCCUUGGCGAGAGCUGCUGGAGACCCAGACCGCCGGCGGCGCGAGGGAGCAACGGCAUCGGUCAGCCAGACGUCCAGCCGACCCCAGCCGGAGCUUGAACAGAAGGAUCUCAGCCCCGGGGGUGGAUCCGGUGCAGAUGGAAAUGGGUGUGCCGACCGAGUCGGUCGCGGCGGCCGACGAAGAUCCCGCAGCCAACUUGUUCCCGCCGCCGCUGCCCCAGCCCCGGAUCUGCAUGUGGAAGUACCUGGACAUCCACUCCAUGCAGCAGCUGGAGAAGACAGCGAGCACGGAAGAGACGAGGCAGCUGCUGGCUGAGCUGCUGGGGCUAAGCCAGCCUUCGCAGAGCCUGCGGGAUGCCAUCGUCCUCGAUCUCUUCCACCACGCACUCAUCUUCUGCCGCCAGCAGGGCUUCUCGCUAGAGCAGACGUCCACGGUGUGUGCCCUGCUCCAGGAUCUGCACAAGGCCUGCACUGCAACCCCCCUGGGCAACGUGGAGGAAUGCUACCGCUACUUCAGCAGUCUCCUCUUCUGCCAUGGCAUCAGGCGGCCCCCCUUCAGCAUCGACCUCUUUAAGGAGGAGCAGCUGCUGGCCGUGGCGGACUACGUGGUCAACACGUACUUCCGCCACUUCAAGCUCUACAAAUAUGCCUUUACACCCCAGGUACCGGCCAUGGGCUGUGCGAAGCCACCCUGCUCUCCCCAGCCCGGCCUCACAGCCUCCUCUUCCCGUCUCUGCCCAGAGAAAGAGAGUGAGGAGGCAGAGGAGCAGGCAGCCAUCCCGCAGGAGGAGGAGCUGGAGACAGAGGCCCAGCCAGAGCAAGAGCCCAGCCAGGCCUCCGUCCUCCGCACCUACAUUAAGACCCAGCUGAGCAGGGAGCUGGGGCAGCUCCAACAGCUGGUGGAAGAGCGGCUCAAGGCCAGCGAGGACAGGCUCAACAGCAAGCUGACCAUGCUGGAACGGCCCUUCCAGCCGCCUCCCGGCAAAGGCAAAAAUAAAACUAAGUGAGCUCCCAGCUUUUUUGAUUCCCGCAAUAAAGGCCAGAGCAGCCCCGUGCCUUGCCCAUC